AUGUCUUCGAAGGCAUCGAGUGAGUUUGAAACCAUUAGAAAUGCUUUACAAAGUGAGAUUGAGACCAAUGACAAUCUAGCUGAAUUCAUAAUAAAGGUGAAUGAACUGCACAAAUAUUUGAUUGAUAUUUCACCUGGCCUUUCAUCUCACGAAAAGGAAAAAUAUGGAAUUGAUAUCACCAAUCUUGUUCAGCAGAUUGCAGAUAAAGAACGUCUCAAAGAACAAGUAAAGCCGAAGAUAUUUCAAUUCAAGGGUAAGGAGAGAACAAGCGACGAUACAAGAACUCCUGCGGGGGACGUUCCCGUGAUUGAAGAAGAGAUGCUCCACAAUGAAAUUACCACUGGUGCUGAUAUCGUGUUGCGCGAGCCAAAUUGUUCAUUUUUGGACCUGUCUCGUUGCAAAGUGUCAAGCGGCCCCAAUCCAGCUCAUCCCACCAAGGCUGGCUCCCUGACCUUUCAUCGCAUCGCUGAUACUGUCAUAAAUUUACAAGAGUUGCCCUUCCAAACCGGUAGCAUUUUUAUAAGUGAAUGUCAAGAUUCUGUUGUAGUAUUCAACGUACCAACUGACGGUCAUUUACAGGUACGACUACAUAAUUUGAGGAAUUGCAAGCUGUUGAUCAGCUCACAACACCCCCAAACCGUUAUCAUGGAAGGCUGCGAAAAGUGUUGUUUUCACAGUUCCACCCAACCUAAUAUUGUCAUACGAGAUUUCAGCAAUAUUAAUUUAGAGAAUGAUAAUACUUCGACUGCCACAUCUUGUCAGUUCCUUGACUUCGAUUUAUUGAAUCUAGAUACAGCUGCCAUCAGAGAGCGGUACAUUCAUGAUUGA